CAAGCGCGGCCCUGCGAACCAGAGCCAAACAUCAUUCGUGCAGUCACAUUUCCCUCAUUGAUAUUCUAUGAAGAAGCUCGACAGGGUCAUUGUGGAGAAAUCACAAAAGAACAGUGCAGAUAUAAGAUACGUUCACCUUGACUCACUACUUGAAGUGGUCUAUAAAAGAAGACGCAGCUCACGAUUCGAUCAAACCAUAUGAAAAUGUCUCGUGCAAUCGUUGUCGCUUUUGCGAUCCUGGCGCUCUUGCAAGCGGCCUCUGCUAAUUCUGAUAUAUCUAAAGUUAAGAACAUUCAGAUCGAUUUAACGGAAAAAGAUAUCGUGCCAAAAACAACGUUGAAAAAUCUAGAAUCUAACACGUUCACUGGUGGAUUCAUUGGAAAUAUUGAAAUUGGACAACGAUUUCCUGACGAGGUAGUUUUGCGUAGAGUUAUCGAGUUUGAAAACCCAACCAAUAAUGUUCAAUCAACAACUAUAACACUGACGGCCAAUAGAGGUAUUAUUCAUUACGUUAGAAUACUAAAUGAUCCUGGCAGCUACGCAGUGAUAUGCGACGAGCCGAACAGCUUGGGAUCAUCCAGAGGCAAUUUUAAUAUUCGCGUUUCUCCUCGUACUAAAUCCACUCUCACAGUAAUAGCAGCGGCACAUAACGUGUAAACAAAUUAACAGUGUAUGCAGAAAAUAUUAUAUUCUCUUUUUUUGUAAAAGUUUGUCAACUGUGAUAAGAAACUAUUUUCAAUGUAUUCUUAUUUUGCAUGAAAAUAAAGAUUUAAUCGAAAUCAAUAA